UUCGAGUAAUAAGUCGGUUGUGCGGAAUUCAAACUGUUGAAUGUUGAAACGUUGUUGGUUACGGCGAUAUCAAGGGAAAAUCAAUAUCGACCAAAACAAAUGCAACUGCGAAGCAAAUAAUUUUUAGUUCGCUGAUUUUCAACACAAAAACCGCAAGGAGUGCCCAAUUUUCGGUAUGUCGAAAGGAAAUUUAUUUUUGGUCCUAAACUUAGGCUGUGAAAUGUUGUACGUAAUCGAUCAACGGCUGAAGGCCCAACGAAUAACGUUGGAAAAAUCAGCUCAAGUUCUGCGUGACCUCACGUGUGUCCUUCUUGAUCCGAAAUUUUUGGCCCAAUUUCUGCACCAACAUCCUGACGAACAUUUACUUACACCGCAUCAGAUACGUAUAUUGUUGAGUGACAUUGCCUGUUGUUCCUUGAUGCGAUUAGACAUCAACUCGAUGGACAAAUUGUGGGAUUUGAUGGUGAUGGUGUUCAAGUGGCAGUUGACCGUUUCAUCAAAUGAUCCUCAGCGCUUGGUGGACAUAACAUUCAGACAUAUGGACGGAGUGGGACGACUGAUACCGGAAACUCGUAAAACAAUGUUGAUUGACUGCGGCAAACGACUAAUCAUCGAGUAUUGGGAUGAAAUAACCGACAAAAAUGUCGUCGUGCAAAGCGUAGCGCAAUUCUUGCAACCGUUUAACGUUAAAAUAUCGAUUUUAAUUCGGUUGGGCUUUCAACGCACCGACUCCACAUUUGAAACGAAUAUCGGUGACCGAGAACACUUCCAGUACUACGUGAACAAUGUUGGUGAAAAUAUUUAUGCGAAGCACGCCUAUUCUGUCGUUCGCAGUAUGGUUGAUCGAACUCAAAAAGAAAAACCGGCUGAGAACAGCAGAGAAAUCGAUUCUUUAGUCGAACAAUUGAAUAUAAACCGGAAUAGCACUACGGUCGAAUCGGAUGAUAGUCGGUGCGGUCACAUACUGGACGAUGUUAGCUUCAAUUUUAUGAAUGAAAAUUGUGCGGAAAAUUCUCAUCAAAGUGCGACUGCAAUCGAUGAAAAGUCCGAGUUCGUUCGAGUGGAAAGAAGCGUAACGGCUAAUUUGGAGAGUAUCAUGGAACAGUUUCGACUAGAAAGUAAAGAGCACCCGGACAAGGCUGCCCAGUCAAUUGAUGUUACCGAAGAGUUGUUGAAAAUGUUGGAUGAAAAUUAGUGACUUCUGUCCUUGUUCGAUAUUGACGGAAUUGUGUAAAAUAAACCGUUGCAAUGGU